CAUAUCCGAAAAACCCUAAACACAAAUUCACAGGAACCACCACCAUUUUCGUAUGCGCGUUUUCUCCACCAUCGUCUCCUCAUCGACACGCAUUCGCCGAGAUCUCUUCUCCUUCCUCAGCUUGUUUCACUCCCAAGCUAAGUCGAUCCCGACCAGGAUUCCGAUGGGCUCCGGUGAGCAAUCCCUUCGCCAGUCGUUGUCGGAGAAGUUAUCCGCCGUCGAAGCUCAGGGCAACGCCGUUCGGGCUCUCAAGGCCUCCGGCGCUGGGAAGCCGGAGAUCGAAGCCGCCGUUGUGCUUCUCAAUAAGUUGAAGAUCGAGAAAGCCGCCGUCGAGAAACAGCUUCAAGCCUCCGUCAGCGGUGACGGAGGCUCCGCCGAUGGCGUUCUUAGCCGUGAGGCUUUCCGGCAAGCUGGCGUCAAUACCCUCGAGCGGCGUUUGUUCUUCAUCCCUUCGUUCAAGAUUUACCGCGGCGUCGCUGGGCUUUAUGAUUACGGUCCUCCUGGUUGCGCUGUUAAGUCCAAUGUUCUUCAAUUUUGGCGUCAGCAUUUUGUUCUUGAGGAGAACAUGUUGGAAGUUGAUUGUCCAUGUGUGACUCCUGAGGUUGUUCUUAAGGCAUCUGGGCAUGUGGACAAGUUCACUGACCUUAUGGUUAAGGAUGAGAAAACAGGAACAUGUUACCGUGCUGAUCACUUGCUUAAGGAUUAUUGUAAUGAGAAGCUGCAGAAAGAUCUUACCAUAUCUGCUGAGAAAGCUGCUGAGUUGAAGCAUGUUCUUGCCCUUCUGGAUGACCUUUCUCCUGAAGAGCUUGGUGCCAAGAUCAAGGAGUAUGGGAUCACUGCUCCAGACACGAAGAACCCACUCUCUGAUCCUUACCCAUUUAACUUGAUGUUCCAGACAUCCAUUGGCCCAUCUGGUUUGAUCCCCGGUUACAUGCGCCCUGAAACUGCGCAAGGGAUUUUUGUGAACUUCAAGGACUUGUAUUAUUACAAUGGGAACAAAUUGCCAUUUGCUGCUGCUCAAAUUGGUCAAGCCUUUAGAAAUGAGAUAUCUCCUCGUCAAGGGCUUCUUAGGGUUCGUGAAUUCACACUGGCAGAAAUUGAGCACUUCGUUGAUCCUGAGAAUAAAUCACAUCCAAAAUUCUCUGACAUUGCAAACUUGGAAUUCCUUAUGUUCCCACGAGAGGAGCAAAUGUCUGGUCAGUCUGCAAAGAAACUUUGCAUUGGUGAAGCAGUUGCCAAGGGAAUUGUCAACAACGAGACUCUUGGCUACUUUAUUGGGAGAGUGUAUCUCUUCCUCACUCGUCUUGGCAUAGACCCGGAAAGAUUGCGAUUCCGUCAGCAUUUAGCAAAUGAAAUGGCACAUUAUGCUGCAGAUUGUUGGGAUGCUGAGAUUGAAUGUUCAUAUGGAUGGAUUGAAUGUGUCGGAAUUGCAGAUAGAUCUGCAUACGACUUGCGUGCUCACUCGGACAAAAGUGGUGUUCCUCUUGUAGCGCAGGAGAAAUUCUCCGAGCCUAGAGAAGUAGAGAAACUGGUCAUUGCUCCAGUGAAGAAGGAACUGGGUCUUGCAUUCAAGGGAACCCAGAAGAAUGUGGUCGAAGCUUUAGAGGCUAUGAAUGAGAAAGAAGCUAUGGAGAUGAAGGCAGCACUGGAAUCCAAAGGGGAGGUGGAGUUUUACGUGUGUACCCUCGGGAAGAAUGUGACCGUUAAGAAGAACAUGCUUUCGAUCUCGAAGGAGAAAAAGAAGGAACACCAACGGGUUUUCACGCCAUCGGUGAUUGAACCCUCUUUCGGAAUUGGUCGGAUUAUAUAUUGUCUGUACGAGCAUUGUUUCUUCAUGAGGCCGAGCAAAGCAGGGGACGAACAGUUGAACCUUUUCCGGUUUCCUCCUCUCGUUGCACCCAUCAAAUGCACUGUCUUCCCACUUGUUCAGAACCAACAGUACGAGGAAGUCACCAAAGUCAUUUCCAAGGAACUCACUUCUGCUGGCAUCUCUCAUAAGAUCGACAUCACUGGUACAUCAAUAGGGAAACGAUACGCGAGAACCGACGAGCUAGGCGUACCAUUUGCCAUAACCGUCGACUCAGCGACAUCGGUAACGAUCAGAGAACGGGACAGUAAAGACCAAGUUCGGGUCAGCCUCGAGGAGGCGGCAUCCGUGGUGAGUUCCGUCGUCGAGGGACGGAAGACAUGGAAAGACGUGUGGGCAAGUUUCCCGCACCACUCUUCUGGUUGUUCCGACGAGUAGUUAGUUAAUUUAGGCGCUGGCCAUAAACACUAGCAGCCUUCCAAGAGUCACGGAACACUGUCGUCUUGUUUCUGUUAUUGUCUGAGACUGUUCCCGUUUAAGGACAACAAUCUAUUUAUUACCUGUGGAAGAACACACACAUACACUUCCUCUUCGCAAUUUGUGUUGUAUAUCACAUCAAUUACUUUACAGUUUCUUAUAUUUUCCGUAAAAGGAUUUUGUUAA